UUAAACAAAAACAUACAAUUUCAGUGUUUGUUGAUAUCAAUUAGUUGAAUUUUGGGUUUUUGACAGUUCUUGAUUUCAGUUACUGGGCUUUUUUUUUUUUUUCCCUCAAACUGGUAAGAUUAGUUUGUUCAUAUAUUGAAAUUUUUUUUCUCCGUAUAAUGUUAUUAUAGUGUUAAAUAUUUCUAGGUUUAUCCAGUUUUCCCUUAUUUGAUUCAUAAUUGCCAAAAAAGUAUGAAAAAAAAGGCUGUCCUUUUAUUAUUUGCAAUAAACACUACUAAAAAAUUACUAUUUUCCCACUGAAAAAUGUUCAGGGACUAUUCUCACGGAUAUUUUGAUUGAACCAGUGAGAAAAGAAAAAACAGUAGUGUUUUCCCAAUGUUUCAAUGGAAACUGUUUUUCACCAUGUGUUUGUCCAGUGUGUUGGUUUAGUGAGGUGGGAAAAUCAUGCUUUAUAACACAAAUUUGAAUGUCGGUGGGAAAAACAUAUGUUUCUAGUAGUGAAAAGGUGUGUGCAAAAAUACCAUAUUUUGUGUUUUUCUUUGUUCAAAGGGUAGGAGAAGUUUGAUCAUUUGUUUAAUUCUUUUCAUUGUCUGUGUAAAAUUAUAGUGCUAAAUCUUUCUGGCUUUAACCAAUUUUCCCUUGUUUGAUCAUGAAAGGCUAAAAGCACCAAAAGGAUGGUCUUUUAAUUAAAAUGAUAGUCUUUUUAGCCUUUUAUUUAUAUGCAAUAAAGGGUGUUUUUCUGAUGUAGUUUCUUAUCUUUUGAUUUUUGUUACUAUCUACUGUCUUUGGUUAUUUGCUUAGCGUACUGUUUUGCUGUAGUUACUGUUCCUUUUUCUUUUUGACAUGCUUAGUUUUUGCUUUACCCUGAUUCGUGGGUCUAGAGGAAAUAACCUCUCUACCUCCCAAGGUGGGGGUAAGGUUUGCGUUGACUCUACCCUCCCCAGACUUACUUGUGGGAUUAUACUGGGUAUGCUGUUGUUGUUGUAAAGGGUGUGUUUGGGAAUGUUAUAUUUGGGAUUUUUUUUGUUUCUAGAUCAUUUUCAAGUGUUUGGUUAAGUACAAAAAUAAGUGACAUUGGUUUAUGAUAGAGCAUUGAUCAUAGUGUCUUUAUGAUAUUUUUAAUUUUAAAAAUUGAGAAUAUUGUGGACUUGUUGGUUGAAGCUUCUGAUUGUGUAAAGUUGUGAUAAUAGUAAAUGAAAAUGACUUUUUCCCAUAAGUAACUCAUUAGUAAGUAACUCAUUAGUUCUCCUUUUGGUGGGAAUAGAAAAAGAUUUAAAUGAUACAGUAUAAGAUAACAUACACUAUAUUGUCAUACCAAACACAUCCAAAAUAUGUAUUUCAAGAUCUUGACAAAUGUGCUAUUAGUUUGAUACAAUUGUAUUGCAAUAUUUUAGUCCAACUUAACAGUAAUCUUUAGUAAUUUCUUGUUGAUUCUUUGCUUGAAUUGGACAACCCCCUCACAAUGAAGUGUUGCAAAGUUUCAAGUUAGCGUAGUAGUAGAGUCAUUCUUGCAUUUGGCUAGCUGGGUUGGUUCUGCUUAUUGGUAUUUUAGGCUAUGUUGCUCGGACUCUCUAGAAAUGCUGUCGAACCCAUAUCGGAUCUUCCAAAAAUGCACUAUUUUUGGAGGAUCCGACAAGCACACAUCUCCAUUUUGAAGAGUCUGAGCAACAUAGGUUAUAGGUGGCGUCCAUUAGAACUACGUCUUGAGCCAGCAAGUAAAUUCUUAAUAUAGGUCUUUUUCAGACUUGAAUAGAUUAUUAUUUUUCCUAUUUUUGUUGUCAUGCUUGUAUCUAUCAGAUCGGUUCGAGUUUGAAACUGAUUCCUUGUUCUAUUCUAUGUGAAUCCUAGAUUGACGAUGGAGGAGAGCCACAUACAUAAAAGACUUGCUGUUAUUUCAGGGGUGAAUGUCAUAGCCGGAAAUAUUGACCUUUUAUCUGAAAUUCUUCUUCGUUUGCCAGCAAGAUCUCUCAUCAGGUUCAGUCUAACAUGCAAGCUUUGGUUCUACAUCAUUACUGGUACACAGUUUAGGCUUAGUCAUUGUCGUACUCUUGCAUUAUCCAAUGCCCUCCCCUACUCCGGGGUCUACUUUUAUAAUUCUCUAACCAAUCUCCAAAAAAUUGACUCCGUCCCGCUGACUGGUAAUGUAACAAACCUCCCUCCUGUUCCACUCCUUGACCAAAUGGCUGCAAAAACAGGAUAUCCAGUCAAGGUUACACAAUCUUGCAAUGGCCUGUUAAUGUGCGUGAUCAGCAGCAGAACUGAAGUAUCUGAUCUCAAACUUGGUUUUGUUUGCAACCCUGCAAAGAACGAGUAUCAUCCGUUGCCAAGCCCUUAUGACAAGAAUUAUGAAGUGGUUUAUGGAUAUAAUCUGAUAUUUGAUCCUUCAGAACCACCUUAUUACAAAGUUUUUUGUAUAAAGCGUUUGGGUACUACUUUUCGGGGUUUCUCUUUUGGCUCAACAGAUCUCGAAGUGAGUGUGUAUGUGCCAGGUACCGAGUCAUGGAGAUCUUGUUGUCGUUUCUAUGUAGACUAUACUACGCGUUUCGACUGUGGGGUGUUUUGGAAUGGUGCAAUACACUGGAUUGGUGAAUACUCUUCUGUUCACUUUGAUGCUAAAUCAGAGGAAGUUGUUAUUAAAAAUAUGCCACCUAGACCCCAGGGAGAUUUUACCGAAAAGAUUAGGUAUUUUGGGGAAUGGGGUGGCCAUUUGCAUCUUAUUCAGGUUCAGACCCGAUACGCCAAGAGAUUCAAUGUGCUUGAAUUAGAUAAAGAUACGUGGAAGUGGUCAGCUAAGUAUCAUGUUCAUCUUGCUCGGUUAAUUUCAGCAUUUCCUGAGAUGAUUAAGCAAACACCAUAUGGCAUACACUAUGCAUUUUCCAUUUUGUCUGUGAUUCGAGGGGAGAACGAAGAAGAUUCAGUCCUUUUGCUAACUAUUCCGGGGAAGGUGGUCGCCUACAACUUAGUGCGUAAAACUACUAAAGUAGUCCGCGAGUUGCCUGGUGAAGUAGCUAAUACUUUACACUUUAAUCAUGUCAGCGCUUAUAAGUAUACUGAAAGUUUGUUUCCGGUUAGAGAGUGGAGUAAUACUAAAAAAUGGUGCUCUUAUCAGCGGCUUGCAAGGACUUCUCCUUCUGGAAAAGGUUAUCUCUUCGGUACUUCAAGUGAAGACUUAUUUGAAAAGUAAAUAUCAAAUCCUAGCUCUUGUAGUUGUUUUGGGAUUCGAUACAAAUGUUAUUGAACCUUUACUGAAAAAUCAUUUCAGUGUUUUAUCUGGACAUACUGAUUUUGUGUUCAA